AAACCAAAAGCAAUGUCCAGCAAAAGAAACAAUUAGACGCAGCCAUCCAUGUAUUGCCCACUUCUGAUCUCAAAGCCUCAACACAUAAGACUCGCAAACGAAUUAUCAAAACGGAUUCGACGGAUGUUUUGGACCCGAUUUCACCCAAAAGAUCGGCUAAAUUGUUGUGUUCUUUUUGUGACCGGUGUUUUAACAAGAAUUUUGAUUUACAACAACACAUCAGAUGUCAUACGGGAGAGAAACCUUUUCAAUGCAUAGUCUGCGGCAGAGCUUUUGCACAGAAAAGUAAUGUGAAAAAGCAUAUGCAGACGCAUAAGGUAUGGCCGGAUGGGUUGGCGCACACUCUUCCACCGCAAAACUCG